CAUGGGUGGAUCAACCCAUUUCUCUGUUUUCUUACUCGUCGCAAUAAUUUUACUCUGUUCUUCCAGCAAAACUGCAAAUGCAACUUGCUAUGCAAGUGAGAAACAAGCUCUUAUGGACUUCAAGAAAGCCUUGAAAGAUCCCUAUGGUAGACUCUCGUCUUGGAUUCACGACGUUGAUUGCUGCAAAUGGGAAGGAGUUGUUUGUAGCAAGCGAAGUGGCCGCGUGAUUCAACUUCACCUUCAGAGUCCUGUUCGUGAAAUUGAUGUUUCUGGUGAUGAGGUGUUUGUUGAUCCUAAAUCACCAUUAAGCGGUAAAAUCAGUCAUUCGUUACAAAAUUUGACUCGCUUGCGUUAUCUUGAUCUAAGUCUAAAUGAUUUCAGUGGAAUUCCAAUUCCCAGUUUUUUUGGGUCUCUCAGAAGUCUAAGGUACCUGAAUUUAUCUGGAGCUGGAUUUCAAGGAACGGUUCCCUAUCAGCUUGGAAACCUAUCAAGUUUACGCACUUUAAGCAUAGGAGGCUAUCCGUCCGAUCUUCAAGUUGAUAACCUGCAAUGGUUGGCUGGUCUCCCUAAUCUGGAGCACCUAGAUAUGAGUGCCGUGAACCUUAGUCUAGCGUCUAAUUGGCUAGAGGUGAUUAACACGAUCCCUUCUUUGGUAGAGAUACAUCUGUCCUCUUGUCAACUUGAUUUAAUUUCUCAUCAUCUUGGCAGAGAUACAUUUGUCUUCCAUGCCAACUUUUCUUCUCUUAGUGUCCUAGAUCUUUCUGAAAAUUUUCUUGGACACCUCAUCCCUAGAUGGAUUUUCGGUCUUACUGUCCUUGCUUCCCUUGAUUUAAGUGGGACCAAGCUUGAAGGCCCAUUGUCCAGAGGUCUUUGCAACUUGACUUCCCUCCAGCACUUGGAUCUUUCUUUCAAUUAUUUGAAUUGUUCACUACCAGACGAGCUUAUUCAUCUUAACAAUCUCAUUUCUCUCAAUCUUACGGAGAAUCAAUUCGAAGGCUUCUUGGAUGGAAUUUGGAAUUGGAGUUCCCUAACAUCUUUGGAUCUAUCAUACAAUAACUUCGCUACCUUUCUCCCAAGCCAAUUAUCAACUUUAACUGCCCUAAUUUCACUUUAUCUUCGCUCCAAUCAUUUUCGAGGUUCUAUCCCAAGCUCUAUUGCCAACAUUUCCAACCUUCAAUAUCUUGAUCUAUCUGAUAACAACCUUAGCUCCUCUUUACCAAGUGAAGUAUUCACAUCGAAGGACUUGAUUACACUUGAUGCAAGAGCUAAUCACUUGAAUGGUCCAAUUCCAAGCACUGUUGGCAAUUGUACCAAGCUAAAAUACCUUGGGCUGAAUGAUAAUGCUCUGUCUGGCUCAAUUCCAUCAAAUUUAGGAAGAUGUACCCAGCUCAAAGAACUUUUGCUAAGUAAUAAUGCUCUAUCUGGCUCAAUUCCAUCAAAUUUAGGAAAACUGUUAUCCUUGGAGCACUUGGAUGUAUCUCACAACAAACUCACUGGAACUCUUCCUGAAAGUCUUUGGCAGCUUUCCAAACUUAAAGAGCUUCGUAUUUACGACAAUUUAAUAGAAGGCAUUGUGAGUGAGAGUCACUUGGACAAUCUGACAGCUUUAUGGUAUUUUUCUGCAUCCGGAAACUCCUUGACCUUAAAAGUAAGUGCAAGUUGGAAUCCUCGUGCCCAAUUUGAAACACUUGGAUUGGGCUCGUGGAAGCUGGGUCCCCAAUUUCCUACAUGGAUCCGGUCACAAAAAAUCCUUUGGGAUUUGAACUUGUCCUUCACAGGAAUUUCAGAUACCAUUCCACCUUGGUUAUUCAACUCAUCAUUGGGUAUUGUAGACCUUUCUCACAAUCAACUCCAUGGAGGCAUCUCUUACAUUUUGUGUGAAGUCAAGAAUGAAAAUCAAGUUCUUUCGUAUCUGGAUCUUCGGGAGAAUUCUCUAUCAGGAGAAAUUCCUGACUGUUGGAUGAAUUACCUAAACUUGACUCAUAUCAACCUCAACAGCAAUAACUUCACCGGAAGCAUUCCAAGAUCAUUGUUUCUUUUGGAAGAUCUGGAUUAUUUAAGCUUGGGUAACAACAGUCUCACUGGUCCGAUAACCUUUGACUUUGUAAAUCAUGAAUAA